ACUACGGAUUACUGACUUUACAAACUGACCACAUUAAUGGUUGAAUGUUAUUAUCUCAAGUCAUUUUAUUGGACCGGACUAUGAAACACAAGUUUUACACGUUUUCAGGCAUUUAAAUAGUUAUUUAAUACAAUUGUUCAAGUGAUGAGGUUCAUUAUUUGCCUGAGAGCCAAAACUCAGGGCGGAAACGCGUCACAUUCUCGGGUCCGCGCACGAGAGCGCGCCCGGCUCUCGCAGAAGUGACGGUCUGUCCGCGCGUCUCCCUGACAACGCCACUAUUGAUAUGCGGCUCGUCAACGCCCGUGACGUCACUAAACGUCUUCAGGAAGCGCCUCCACCUGCACAGGUGUGCUCGGUUUCCCUGGUAUCACGUGACCUGCGUAGUUGUGCGCUUGGGUCUAGAACCGCGGAAGUGAAGAGAGAGCUGAGAGACGCGCGCAGCUCACCUGUCCGCAGGUGAACAAACGGAAAAAGACAAAAUGAACAACCCGAUCCCCUCGAACCUGAAGUCGGAGGCCAAGAAAGCCGCCAAGAUCCUGAGAGAAUUCACAGAGAUCUCCAACCGCAACGGACCCGACAAACUCAUCCCUGCUCACGUCAUCGCAAAGGCAGAGGGUCUGGCCAUCAUCUCCGUCAUCAAGGCCGGCUUCAUGAUCACCGCCAGAGGAGGAAGCGGCAUCGUCAUCGCCAGACUGCCCGACCGACGCUGGUCGGCACCGUCGGCCAUUGGCAUCGCCGGCCUGGGAGGAGGCUUCGAGAUCGGUGUGGAGGUGUCCGACCUGGUGAUCAUCCUGAACCACCGGAGGGCCGUGGAGGCCUUCACAGGCGGGAACUUGACGCUGGGCGGCAACUGCACCGUGGCCGUAGGACCCGUCGGCAGGAACGUGGAAGCUGAUGUGGCGAUUCGCAGCACUACGGCGGUCUUCACCUACUGCAGAUCCAGAGGGUUGUUUGCCGGUAUUUCUCUGGAGGGAUCCGGCCUCAUCGAACGCAAAGAAACCAACCGCAAGUUCUAUGGGAGGGAUAUCAGAGCGUCUGCCAUUUUGUUGGGCGAUGUGGAGCCACCGGAUGAAUGCCACAACCUUUACCACAUCCUCCAAAGCUACACCGAGGCCUACACCACCGAGUGGACCGCCAAGAACAUGCGUCCCAAGUCGUCUUUUACUUCAUCAAGACCUCCAGCUCCUCAGAGACCGCCUUCCAGCUACCAACAACCGCCCUCCAGCUACCAACAACCGCCCUCCAGCUACCAACAACCGCCCUCCAGCUACCAACAACCGCCCUCCAGCUACCAACACCAUCAACCGCCCUCCAGCUACCAGCGACCGCCAGCCAACACGGGUAAAAAUGCCAUCUACCCCAACAUCUCCAUCUAUAAAUCUGAGACUUCAGAUCAAUUUUCCUCCAGAAACUCUGCAAACAACGGCGGUGGCUCGUCGGUGGGCGGGGCCAGCGGGGAGCUCGUCGUCACGGCGACGCACCCGUUCUCCGGUCAGCAGCCGGGCGACCUGAGCUUCGCGCCUGGCGACCGCAUCACCGUGGUAACCAAGACCGACUCGGAGUACGACUGGUGGGAGGGGCGACUGGCCGACGGGCGCCUCGGCAUCUUCCCCGCCAACUUCGUCACAUACUGAUGCCCCGCCCCCCUCCCCCCCCCGGUGGUUGGAGUUAUGGGGUUUGGGCAAAUUGAAUCAAAAGGUGACGUUGACCUUGCUCUGAGGUACUUUCAAGGUUAAAAGGAUCAGCAACUAGGGACACAAUUUAGUCUUCCAAAUAAAUUCAUUACAGUAAACUUCUCCACAUUAAUGAAACUUCCAAAUAAUUGAAAAAGUACAAAUGGAGAAACUCUGCUGUGACUUCCUGUUCUUUCCCCUUUAAACCUAAACCGAAUUUAAGGUACUUCAGAAUAAAAGCACUUUUCACAACACUUUUUGGCAGAAAAUAAAAAUAAAAAUGUAACUUUCUUCACUGUGUUCGUUUCAAACUGUAUUUAAAAGUUUAAUUUGUGGGAUCUGUUACGUCAGGAUGUUUUAUUAAAAGAAAGCUAAAUGAAUUUGUAUAAUAUCUACAAAUACAGAAAAAGCUCUGUGAAAUCCACCAAAGUAGGUUGUUUUAAUGGAAUA